UGUAAAGUGAGAAGCAUCACAAGAUUGCAAAAGAGAACAAAAACAAUAUAAAAUAUUGAUAACCCUCCCAAAAAAAUACAAUAAUAAGACGACAAGUAGUAUAAAAUAGACACCACUUUUCCCCCACAAGAGAUGGUACACAGUUUUGUAAAGAAAUGUGAUGUGUUAGCAGACUUCCCAGCAUGCAUUGAGAGUUAAAACUCUCCUGAGACUCUUUUUUUGUGGUUUGAGGAAAACAUACAUGAUGGAAACUCGCUGUUGUGUCUUUAAUACACGUUAACAUACAGCAAGUCAUGGUUUUCUUUUCCUGGUGAUGAAAACAAUGUAAAUCAUGAUGGAGGUUAGAAUCAAAUCCAGACACUAUUAAUUGAACAAAGUCACUGAGAUAAACCAGCAUGUUGACGAUGUGCUGAACUACAGUCUUGUGCCAAAUGAAAAAAUUGACUCUUCAACCUGGAAAUGUAAAGCAGAUCUGACUGUGACCUUCUGUCAGCGUAACCGAACAGUUUAUUGAGGCGCUUCCGAGAAAAACAGGCACACCUUUUGCAAGGUAGUCGUCAAGCCGUGGGUGGGGAUACAGAUAAGGAGGGCAGUAUAAUUCUAAUGUGCCGCCACUUUAUGUGUGAAGGGGAGGAAAAUCUGACAAAAAAACAGACCGUGUUGUCUCAUUUCACAGUUUGUGGGUUAGUAAGCACAGCAGAGAUACAAAUUAAUGUGCACAAACACUGAAAAAGUGAGUUUUUCCAUAAUAUGUUAUUAAGUUUAUUGAACUUGUUAUCUCUGGUUAACUUGCUUGACUCAUCGGAUGACUUUAAGGUAAAUAUUCAACUUACAGUAAGUUCAGUUCACUCACAUUUUUUAAGGCAGAAAGGCAGAAACUUGACAAGUGGUCUUGAACAAUGUGCAAGAGAAGUUAAAUAAUAUGUGCAAAGAAUAUGGAUUGAAGUGGAGUGUGUAGUGGAGUUAGAGUACAGUGUGUGUUCAUGUCUUUUAAUAAAGUAUAAAUAAGCUUAGUCUUCACUAAGAGCAGUAAAGCUGCAUCAAUCAUACUUUAAUACACAUGUUGAGCGAGGUGUAUCGGCUCAGACACACGUGAGGGAUGAAAGCUAUAUUGUUUGUCAGCACAUCUCAGGGUAAACAUGGACAACUUGCCCUUUUAAUGGGGUGCUUAAGCUGAUCAUCUGCAGGUUUCGCCUGGAUUACAGCCAGUGAUUAGCCCCGAGGAGGACACCGAAGGGGGCGUGGACCGCCUCAACCCCAAACACAGACAGCUACAAAAGGACGCCACCAGCUGCUGCUCUCACCCUAAGUCCCAUCGUUGUGUGACUGUGAAGAGGGAGAUCCUCCGCUUCACAGUAGACCAAGUGGGCUGUGAGGUUUGUGCACCGGCUGCGACUCCACCUACACAUCUACACACACUCAGGUGUCUGAAAAGAAAUGGGUAACUCAACAGGAUGCACCGUGGACGACCUGCAGGCAGUGGAAAUGCAUCUCUGGUACAAGAAGUUCAUGACCGAGUGCCCGUCAGGUCAGCUCACUCUGCACGAGUUCAAGCAGUUCUUCGGGCUGCGAGGGUUGGACCCAGAAGCCAGCGCCUACAUAGAGCAGAUGUUCCGCACGUUUGAUAUGAACAAGGACGGCUACAUAGACUUCAUGGAGUAUGUGGCCGCUCUCAGCCUGGUGAUGCGGGGUAAGAUGGAGCACAAGCUGCGCUGGUAUUUCAAACUUUAUGACGUGGACGGCAACGGCUGCAUCGACCGACACGAGCUUCUCAACAUCAUAAAGGCCAUCCGCGCAAUCAAUGGGAAUGAAAACCAGGAAACGACUGCUGAGGAGUUCACUAACCGUGUGUUUGACAGGAUUGAUAUAAAUGGAGAUGGUGAGCUCUCCCUGGAGGAGUUUGUGGCCGGUGCUCGCAGUGACGACGAAUUCAUGGAGGUGAUGAUGAAAAGUCUGGACCUCACCCACAUUGUGGCCAUGAUCCACAGCAGGAGGCACAGCGUUUAGGAUCCGUCCACUCCCACUACCUCAUUCUCAUUCAUAAUUAUUUAACCCGAGAACUUGCAGUGCAUCUCCUCUGGUAAAAAAAAACAACAAACAUUUAUAGACGGAGAUUUCUAUUAAGAUUCAAUCCAGUUUAAUAUGAUGACAGUGUACUUGCAAACACUGACUUUUUUUUUUUAAGUCUCUAAAAGAUUGACGCAUAUUGCACUUUAAAUGCGUUGGUAUGACUCAGUCAGCCUUGGCAGACUGGUCAUUGUCCUUGUUUAAUGAUGCUGAGCUCUCCCAAGGCCACCUUGGCAUGAGGGAUGAUCUCUCAGACGGUCCACUUACCCUCUCAUACCCUGAGGGAUAAACGAGUGAGAUAGUGGAGAUAGUGGAAUAGAGUGGCAAUUACAUGCACUCAACUGUGCUUUCCAAAUCUGUAUCUUCUAUUUUUUUAAUUUAUUUAUUUUUUUGUCUGAGUCCCUUUGCAUCAAAUUACUCAAAUCUCGUUUUACGCGUUCUUCCCUGUGAGGUUUACAGGAGGAAGUUAUGAGUCUCUGCUGUGCUUAACAUCCAUGUUAGUUUAAUUAAGUCAGUGGCUUUAAUAAAAAAGAGCAGGUGGGUGUGAAAGUUUCUAAAGAGAUUUAUGUGACACAAUUCACAAAUGUUUACCUUUUUUUAAUGUUUUUAACCUUUUUUAAAAUAAUUCAAGAGGAUGCAAAAGGCAAAAUUCUGGCUUUUUUUUUGCAUUUUGUACAUCAGGCAAACUCGUCUUGUAUCUCCACAGUACAUGUGUGGGUGUUGCUUUGGCUGAAUGAUUUGCUGCAUAAAUACAGAUAAAGAUUACCUUUGUUAUGUUUGUUGGCUACGCUCGACUGGUGCCUUCUGUUGAAGACUACAGACUGAAUGUGUGUGUUUUCAGCUUUUGCUUCUUUGUACAAUAAAGAUGAAAAUCUAAGUCUGCCGUGUAGUGUCUCUAUUAAAUGUACUCGAUCAGUAUUGCAGGUAUCGCAGCUUCUACGCAACAUACGAUCAGCUGCAGAGAUCGUUCGAGAGAUGUGAAGACAUACAUUUCAAAUUUGAAUGAGUCUGAGAUUCACAAGAACAAAGAGUCUGUAACACAACUUAAUCUAAUGAAUUAAUUAAAACAUCUGAGGAAACUGUUAAAUUAUGACACAGAACAGUCAACUCACAAAACCUAAACACAUGAUACAUGUCUCUGUAAGCUGUAAGAGGGAUUUUUACCUUCUUAAACUGUUUAUUUUGAAU